UAAGAAUCGAAUUGCGAGAUCUGUAGGAAAUAAAAAAUAAGGAAAAGACAUAAUCACUCACGUAACAAAAAAUUCCGCAGAAAAUUCUUAGAGAGAGUGGGAGUGAGAGUGAGAGCUACGGAGGCGGAAGGAGAGACGUAGUGAGCCACCGCAGACGGCGUGAUCUGCCUGACUGACGACGGCGGAAUGUGAGGCGCCGACAAGAAGGAAGAAGCACCGAUCCGCCAUCCUCCCGUGUCGCGCGGCGCCUCCUGUACACCUCACCAAACUCCAACUGCUCCUUCAACGGCGGUUAGUAACGUCCCACAACAGAUCCCCACCCAGUUCACGCCGUUACAAUCAGAGACAACAAAAAAGAAAAGAAAAAAUAAACAAAAUUCCAAUCACUUGUGUUAUCGCGCCCCGAACCCUAGCCUACCAUUUCUCACAGCAUAACCCUAACUUCCCCCAAUCUUCCAAUCGCAGGUCGCCGGAAUCGGCCUCGCUCGCCGGCGCCGCCUCAUCCACUCUCAAGGUUGGCCAACCACGGUUCUGAACCCCAAAUGUUUGACCCAUAUUGAUUCUUCCCUUGAUGGGUUUCUCAAAAAGUUUCUAAGUUUACCUGAGUCACCAACUGGGUAGGCACAAUGCUCAAGCAAUUCCUCAGCAAGCUUCCUCGCAACAAGAAGCUCGACGUGGACUUGGAUGAGUUGAGCCGGGUCGACUCAACCUCCAAGCCGAGCUCCUCUAUGCACAACCUCGAUUCCCCAUGUGCUGCGGGAAAAAACCACCACAACCGGUCCCAUACCGACACUGGUGGUGGUGGCAGCUCCUCCGCCGCGAAGCGCACGUCUUCGGUUUUUCCGACCAGCACCGUUUCGGGGAUUGAACCCUUGGUCCCUUUCAAGGAUGUCCCAAACUCAGAGAAGAUGAACCUCUUUGUUAGCAAGCUCAGCCUCUGUUGUGUCACGUUUGAUUUCACUGACCCCAGUAAAAACACCAUGGAAAAGGAUGUGAAAAGAAGAACUUUGAUUGAACUUGUUGAGUUUGUGGCUUCUGGUUCUGUUAAAUUCACUGAGCCUGCUAUUCUAGCCAUGUGUAGAAUGUGUGCGUUUAACUUAUUCCGUGUUUUUCCACCAAAUUACCGGUCCGGCCGGUCGGGUGGCUCUGGUGGUGGAGGCAGUGGUGGUGGUGAGAAUGAUGAUGAUGAGCCCUCUUUUGAUCCUGCUUGGCCACACUUGCAAAUUGUGUAUGAUUUGUUGCUUAAGUUUGUUAGUUCUCCUUGCGUUGAUGCAAAGGUGGCAAAGAAGUACAUUGAUCAUUCAUUCAUUUCAAAACUGCUAGAGUUGUUUGAUUCGGAGGAUCCUAGGGAGAGGGAUUGCUUGAAAACCAUAAUGCAUAGGGUUUAUGGUAAAUUCAUGGUGCACAGGCCUUACAUGAGAAAGUCUAUUAACAAUUUGUUCUAUAGGUUUGUGUUUGAGACUGAGAGGCACAAUGGGAUUGCUGAGUUGUUGGAGAUCUUUGGGAGUAUAAUUAGUGGUUUUGCUUUGCCGUUGAAGGAGGAGCAUAAGAUCUUCCUUUGGAGGGUGUUGAUCCCUUUGCACAAGCCAAAAUCCAUGGGGGUAUACUUCCAGCAAUUGUCCUAUUGCAUCACUCAGUUUAUCGAGAAGGAGCCAAAGUUGGCGAGCACCGUGAUUAGGGGAUUGUUGAAGUAUUGGCCUAUAACCAAUAGUCAGAAGGAGGUGAUGUUCCUUGGUGAAUUGGAGGAAAUUUUGGAAGUUAUUAACAUGGUAGAGUUCCAGAGGGUCAUGGUGCCAUUGUUUUGGCGAAUUGGAUGCUGCAUUAACAGUUCUCACUUUCAGGUAGCUGAAAGAGCCCUUUUCUUGUGGAACAACGACCACAUUGUCAACCUGAUCGCUCACAACCGUCAGGUAAUCUUGCCGAUCAUAUUUCCAGCAUUAGAUAGGAAUUGUCAAGGCCAUUGGAACCAGGCAGUUCUCAACUUAACUCACAACGUUAGGAAGAUGUUUGUGGAGAUGGACGAGAAGCUGUACAUCUCCUGCCUCACUCAGUUCAAGGAGGAAGAAGCGCUGCUUAGCUUGGAAGCCGAGAAGCGGAAGGACGCCUGGAAACAGCUUGAGAAAGCGGCCAGUCUCCAGCCAGUAAUUGGAAAUACAGCUGUUUUAGUUUCUCCAAUUUGAUAACCUUAAAAAAUGUGUAUGUAUAAUAGUAAUAGACCUUCAAUGAAAUCUU